AUGAGUUCUUUCUGGAAAUAAGAAAUUAAAAAUGAAAAGUUGAAUUAAUAGUAUCUUUUUGAUAAAUAUAAUUAAAUUUUCAAAUAUAAAUGUUAGAUAACUAAAAUUUAAUUUUACACGAAGUAAUAGAAUAUGGCUCAUAGAUAUAUAUAAUAACAGAUCUUAUUAAAGGUGGUACGUUAAAUGAUUUAAAUGACCUUUCUUCGAUAAAGAUUGCAGAUUUCGGACUUAGUAUUUUAUAUAAAUCUAAUUCUGGUAUUUUAUUUUAAACUCUAUGUGGUACUCCUUUAUAUAUGGCUCCUGAGUUCUUUGUUAAUGGUACUUAUUCAAAGCCUAUAGAUAUUUGGAGUGCAGCUAUUAUAUUUUUCGAAUUAGUAAAUGAAGGAAUUCACCCAUUUUAUAAUGAAGAAGUUGAUACUGUAUAAACUCUAAAAUAAAAAAUUAUAAAUUAUUAAAUAAUAUAAAAUAAUAAAAUGA